UCUGGCUGCGAAUCUCGGGCAGCGUUCAGUUUCAUCUGAGACGUUUGGCGCAGCGGUCGAUACGACAGGAAAUCUGUUCAAACGCUGUGAAAAAAAUACGAACAAGGAAAGAAGAAGGCGAAAACCUCAAAAAUUCAGAUAGCAAAACGUUAAUUUCGAACUAAGUGUACUUGAGGUUGUCAAUGAACUUUUUCCCCGGUUGAAAACUUGAAGAGUGAAUAGUGAAAAGUGAUUCCGCAAGGACCUAGUCAAGUGUUGUGGUACUUUGGCGUAGAAACUGAAAGUGUCCCGCGGUGGCGGAGUUUUGCAUUUGCCGUCGCUAAUUGUGCAGCUGACAGGCGGCAAUCAGGAAGGAAAAACUUUUGCUCCUGCCGCCGGUAACGCUUCUUCCGCUUCGCACUUCAUCCAAAUCCGUGACCGAAUCCCGGGAAAUUGUACGCCUGCCAGGCCUCAAGCUGGGCGAUUACCGCAAAAUGACACGUGUCAGGCGCAUUGUGCGCUUGGCCUAAAAGUAUGCUGCAUCAUUAGUGUCUCAACAACGGGCACAACUACACCAACGCCUGCAACUACAACUACAACUACACCAACGAGACAAAGGAUGAACUGUACCGGCUGCAGCUGGGAAAACUGAGAAUGCACGCUCAUUAGGCGGGGCAGACGCGUCGAGCGGGAAAAGCGAACAGCAAAAGCGCAUUGCGAGUUCCUAAGUCAAACGUCGAAAGACAAAACGCCCCUACCAUAAUUAGCAACAACAAACAAGUGGUACAGGGCAACGGGGCGUGGUCGACGCAAGGCGGAAGGACAGCUGGCAAAAGUCAAGGACGAGCUGCCGAAUAAUUCGCGCAGGCAUGACCAUGGGUAGUAACUCCAGUUAUCUCGAGCCCCACCAGACGCCCAAGGCGGACGCAGCGAGCUGAUUUUCACAACUAGACAAAUUGCCAGAGCUCGCAAUUUAUCGCACGGUGCAGCUGAUAGAUUCGAUUAGCAGUCUGAAAAGCAUAAAGCCAGCGGACCGCAGAGACAACAGCCGGCGGCUUCUUUAAUUUGUCAACCAAACACCACCCAACCACCCACCGCGCCCAUCGGACUUCCGCUAAAUCCAUCGCCGUAAGCCCACAAACAUCGCGUCAUGCCGGAGCAGGAUAAUUACGAUGAUGAGUUGGUCUCCAGCAAUCCCAACCAAAGGAACUGGCGCGGAAUCCUCAUCGCGCUGCUGGUCAUCAUCAUUGUCCUGGCCCUGAUUGUUACAUCGGUGGUGCUGCUCACGCCCCCCGAUGAGGGACCGCGGGUCAAAGGGCAGCGCAUCAAGCUGCAGGACAUCGUCGAUGGCCUCUUCGUGCCGCAGCACUCCAACGGCAGCUGGAUCGAUGGCGAGGAGUUCCUGUACCAGGACCAUUUGGGUCGCAUCUGUCUGCUGAAUGCAGCCAAUCGCUCGGAACGUGUCCUCAUGUCCAAUGUGACAUUUAAAACCCUGUCACCCUUCACCUUCACCAUAUCGGCGGACAAGCGCUAUCUGCUCCUGGCCCAGAAUGUUGUGAAACUGUUCCGGCACUCGUACUUGGCCCAGUACACGCUCUACGACAUUCAGACCAGCGAGAGCAUCAAGCUGCGCCACAGUCCGCACCAGGAUGAAUGGCCCUAUCUGCACUACGCACGAUUUACGCCAGCUGGAAACGCACUGGUCUGGGUCCAGAGCUACGAUAUCUAUUACCGGGAGGAGGUCCGCAGUGCGUCCGUGCAUCGGAUUACCCACGAUGCGGUGCCCGGGGUGGUGUACAACGGCAUUCCCGAUUGGCUAUACGAAGAGGAGAUCCUUCAUGCAAAUAAUGCGAUUUGGAUGUCCGACAAUGGCCAACUGAUGCUAUAUGCCACCUUCAACGACACGCACGUCCAGGAGCAGCACUUCGCCUGGUACGGCACGACGGGUCCGUCCGGCGGAGGAGCAGCAGCUGCAGCGGCAGUCGGCGCUGGAGGAGCUGGAACCGGGAGCGCUGGAGCGGGCGGCAGUAAUCCGCAUGCCAGCCUGUACCCGGAAAUCAGGUCCUUACGCUACCCCAAGCCGGGCACUCAGAAUCCCACGGUAACCCUACGAGUGGCUGACCUAAAGGAUCCGCUGAAAGUUCACGUCACCGACCUGCAUCCUCCUCAGAUUAUAGCUAAUGAAGAUCACUACUUCAGCAGCGCCAGUUGGGUGAGUCACUCGAAGAUCGCGGUGGUGUGGCUCAAUCGACCGCAGAACAUCUCGGUGGUCAGUGUGUGCAAGGCUCCAUCGUUCCAGUGCAUCGAGACCCACCGGGUGAGCGGAGAUGGACGUGGAUGGGUGGACACUGUCGCAGUGCCGCUGUUUGCCGCCAAUGCCAGCAUCUACGUGGCCAUAUCCCCGCUGCGAGAUGGACUGUUUGGCUAUUUCCGGCACAUUGUGCACGUGGACAUCGACAAGAACCGGGUGCUGCCCCUCACCCAUGGGCCGUACGAAGUGAAUCGAUUGCUGCACUGGGAUCAGCUGGAUAAUUGGAUUUACUUCCUGGGAACUCCGGAGCGUCUUCCGUCGCAGCAGCAUCUGUAUCGCGUAUCCGCUCUGCCGGCCCGCCAAGGUCAGGCCUUGCGCUCUCCCGACUGCCUGACGUGUCCGGCGGUUUCGCAGUGGACCGACGGCUACGACGAAGGUCACACCAAGUCGCCGCCCAAGUUGGUGACCGCUUGGGACGAUGACUGGGAGGAUUCCGAGGAAGCUGAGGCUCAACCGCCGCAGUCAGCUCUGCCGGUGGAGCAACAGCCUCCGGGAAGGGGUCAAAGUGCUCCCCUGCCACCGCCUCCCAGUGAUUGCCUGUACCACGAGGCGAAGUUUCCAAUCUCGCGGCAGGCGAAGUACGUACUUAUCGAUUGCCUGGGACCAGUGGUACCCACCUCCAUACUUUACGGCUUGAAAUCCGCCGCUGCGGACAGUGCCAAGACGAAACGACACAGCACCCAGCAGGAAGAACCACCCACGGAGGGUGGUGAUGAGAAAGCAGCCGAGGAGCCAAAGUCUCAGUUCCUGGAACUCCUGGUCAUCGUGCAGAACAACACGCGGUUGAAGGAGAAGAUGGCCAAGACGGCCAUGCCGCAAAUCAAGACUUUCCCAGUGAUGAUCUCCGGCGGCUAUCAUGCCCAGGUCCGACUAUACCUGCCGCCAGUGCUGCGCGAGGACGAGAUAACACGGUAUCCCACCAUUCUGCAUGUUUACUCCGGACCCGGCAGCCAGCUGGUCACCGAUCACUGGCACGUCGAUUGGAACACCUAUCUGUCCGGCAGCAAGGACUACAUUGUCGUUGAGAUCGACGGACGGGGAUCUGCCGGACAGGGCUACCAGCUGCUCCACGAGGUCUACAAGCGUCUGGGCAGCGUGGAGGUCUCGGAUCAACUGGAGGUUAGCGAGUACCUCAGGGAUAACCUGCACUUCAUCGACUCACGCAGAAUGGGCGUCUGGGGCUGGAGUUACGGAGGAUACACGGCUGCACUAGCACUAGCCGGACAGCAGUCCAUUUUCCAGUGCGGCAUCAGUGUGUCACCGGUUACCAACUGGAAGUUAUAUGAUUCCACAUAUGCGGAACGCUAUCUGAGUUUCCCCAACGUGACGGACAACUACAAGGGCUACGAAGAGAGUGACCUGUCCAAGUACGUGGACAACCUGCGGGAUCGCCAGUUCCUGCUGGUCCACGGAACCGCCGACGACAAUGUCCAUGUGCAGCAAUCUAUGGUCCUGGCCCGUUCUCUGACCAGCAAGGGAGUGCUCUAUAAGCAGCAGAUAUAUCCGGAUGAGGGGCACAGCCUUUCGGGGGUUAAGCGCCACUUGUACCGCUCGAUGACCGCCUUCUUUGAGGAUUGCUUCAAGAAACUGAUCGAUCAGCAACAACAAAAUCAAACAGAUUCCAUGGAUUUCCUGGACUUUCAUAGUUUCUAUGGCCGCUAAGUUUGAUUCCAUAUCCCACAUCCUUCAGAUACUAGGUGCCGCCGGAGUCGAAAGCUGGUCUGGGCAAUGGCGGCGAUAUGCAACAGCAAUAAACUUAAGUUAUGGCAGCAGGAAAUUCUGAUAACAAAUGUAUGAUGGAACACAACAAACUUCAACCGGAACGUGCGAACGAAACGAAAUGUUUUUCUGUAAAUUGCAUUCAAUGUGAUUUAUCAUGAAUACACCCACGACACUCACAAACACAACAAGCGGCUAAAUGGCUACUCAAAUAGCCAAACGGCGGCGGCGACGGCAAGAAAAAAAGGAACAACUAAGUUAAAUGGCAUUUUGUGUAAAAUUAAUAAGCAAAGCAGCAGCAGCAGCGAAAUGCGAAAUGCCAAGUAAGUGUGCCCAAAAAGGAGCAUAAACAAACAAAUGUAUAUGUAUGCGGACAAAGCGGACAAAAUCAACAUGGUUGUGAAAACAUAACUCACACACACAAGCACACAGACCCCGACUCACACAGACACGACACACACUCACACACACAAGCACGCAGAGAGAGCGCGCACAAAGGUAGGCAAUAAAAAUUUACACAUGCGGCUUUUCUCCUGUGACAGGUGUGACAUUUCAAUGCCCUCACAAAAGGUCCCUUCAUUACGGCAAACACUCUGCCAUUUCAUCUUUAUUAUUUGAAUUUUUUGCAUUUUUUAAUUUUUGUCUGUGACAUUUUGUUUUUUAGUAACAUGAUUUCCAAGCAAUAUAUUACAAAAUAUUUUCACUUGAGUUGCAAAACAUAAUUUAGAGCUGGUAUUUGGACAGUCGGCUUGUCAAGGCAACACUUUCGGUUUGAAUUACUUUUUCAUUUCGUUGUAAUGUAUGCAUAUUUGGCAUAAAUUCCCAAUGAAGAGCAAACAGAAAUAAAAUUGAAAAACAAAUUUAUUGAAAACGCUACACGUGAGCCAGCUGAGCUUCGUGCCGCUCGGCUUGAACGGAAAUGGCCAGCAUAAAUCAAAUCUGACAACAUUCUAAAUGACAUUUUCUGAUAGUCGAACGGUUUUAUCGUUUGCCAAGGGAAAGUUUUCCAAAAUGUGUAAUAGCUCGCUAGGUGGGGGGUGGGGGCGAAAAGUGACCCAUAAAUUGGGACUGAAUUUAUGGACUUGGCUCAUAAUUGAGUCUGGAUUUGCAAACCGUUGACAGAACGCACGAUUGAAGUGAGAAGUUUGCGUACUAAGCUCAUUCCGAGCUUGAAUGCGAACUCAAUUUGAAUAACAUUAGUCUCUCUGUUUGCAUAGAUUGAAUUACGUUUUUAAUUUGAUUUUGGUUACUCAUAAAUUUGAUCAUCAAAUUUACUGCCCAAACAGAAAGGAAAUAAAACUGAAUAAUGUCCGUGCGAUGGGGGGAAGCCUCAGUUGGAAAGUUUAAUUAAAUCAAACGAAAUAAAAACGCAGCCAUAAACAAAGCAUAAAUAUUUGAAUUGAGAUAAAUGAAACAAACCAGCGACUCAAACAAUUGCAAAAAAGUGCAAUUCAGUUUCCAGAAAGCAAAAAAGUAAAAUUACCGAAUGGCCAAAGUAAAUUUAUUACACAAAUGGAGGAUUCAAUGGGAAAACGAACAAAUUAUGAAUCAAACAAACCAAUUAAAUAGAAUAACUGCAUGUAAGUAGCGCAAUAAUAAUUAAUAAUAUACAUUUACGACUUUUUGUUCGAUUUCAUUAGCUGAACAAAUCGAGUUUAGUGGCAGUAGAGUAGCGUUAGUCGGUAACCAAACUAAAACCAAGUAAAACUAGUUAAUUAAGCCCAAGUGAACUAAAGCGAUAAACAGAAAUGAGAAAAAGGUCAAAAAUAGCUGCGAUACACAUUAAACAUAAAGAUGGCACAAAAGCAAUGCUCAAAAUGUAUGAAACACAAAACUGGAGAAAACUGAAAGUAGAAAGCAAAUGACACCGCAUCGCAUAUUCCGCAAAAAUCUACGUAAAUCCCAACCCUUUUUCCACUCAAGCAGUAGCAGUAUGCAAAAAAGGAUUAUCCUUAAUUAGACAUUUGGCACACUUUUUGAGAGCGGCAGUUAAUUAGCAACCGCCGCCAAACUGCGGCUCUUAAUUCUGAUGGCUGAACAGGAUGUUUUCCCCAGAGGUUGGGUGACUCACUUAUGUAAUGUCAUUGGUGCAGAAUCCUUCCUACAAUUUUAGUGUAUGGCGUAAAGUCUUUAUUUAAUUAGUAAUAACACCUGUAAAGGCCAUGUUCUUGACUUUACUUUACCAAUGGAACUUAGUAAGGAACUAAGUACCUUGUUAAAUCCUACAAAGUUCUGCGAAACUCUUUUUAUGUGACAGCUAAUUGGCAAGCAUGUAUUUUUGCAUAUAAUCGCUACUCUAUUUCUCGCUAAAUUCCCAUAAAUAUGAAUGUGUGUAUCCUUUAACUCGCUUUGCAGCGUGUGGCACAAGCAAAUCCCAGCUGGAUAGAGUUUCCCCCCAACUUUGGGGGCAAUUUUAAUAAUAAAGCCGCGCUGGCCGCAAAGUAUGCUACACAAAAUAUAAACUCGUCCUUGCGCCGCAACCCCUUUUCCACUCCCAUGCCCACUUCCACUGCCCCCUCACCUGUGCACAGGUACACAGGUAUAAGAGGCAGUGAUGUGUGCUGGUGUUGGAAAAUUGCAAGCCAACAUAAAUUUAUGUCUGCCUGACACUUUUAUGUGCCUCGCUGGCGGUUUCAGCUUUUUACGCCGCGUUUUUAGACGCCAGCAGAACGCAUGCCAAUGUUUGGCUAAGCCGCAGGUUUUCCUCUCCGCAAUUAACGCACACACCUGUCCACGCCGCCCACCUGGCCAGUGGGGCGUGGCACGUGGAGCGGCCUGUCUGUGUGAAGGCGCUUAUUUUUAGACCGAAAGGUCGUCUGUGAGAGGGACUGUAAAAGGCCAGCUGCUGCUCCAUCCACUCACCACUACCCACACGCACACAAACACAAAAAUAAAGGAUACAGGUGUUUGCCUUAACAAUCCGAGAUGAAGCCAUAAGUGCGAUGCUGUGUCAGCGAGCCAUGGAAAUAGAAAAAGGCUCGAAGACAAAGGGAAAACCGAAGGGAAGAACAUUUAAAUGCUUUCUAUGUAGUGUACUAAGGACCAAUUACCGAUGGGAAGUGCGGAAGUAAUUAAAAAUAAAAUUGAAAAAUGAGAAUAUAUACACAAAUUACGGAAAUGUAGCAACGCGCGGUAGACGAUUAACAAAAUUUGCAAUAUAUACAUAGAGACACACAUUCGACAUAAUGAAUAUUGACUCAAAUACCAUUUAGUAAUUAUACAAGCAUAUAUAUAUAUAUAAUAUAUACCUAAUGAUAUACACGAGAAAUCAAAUUAAUACGGUAGUUUAGUUCAUCUAGUGGAUCAAGCGUUUGCAUUAUUCGAGUUACAAACCUAUGAAAACCAAAGGAAAACCAAUGGAAAACCCAAUGGAAACCACUCUGUAUUGUUGAAGUACGUACUAUUAGCUCAAAUGAAAGCUCGAUGCGGCUCUGUAAAAAAGGGAAAACUGUAAUAUACGCCUAUACAUAACUAAAUAACUAAAUAACUAUACUUUGAUAUAUGAUACAUAUAUAUUUUAUAAACAACUUUUACUCUUAAACAAAAACCAUUUUAAUACUCUAUCUUCAGCCUUACCGUAAACUAAAUGGGAAAUUCUAAGAACGAACAUAGUAACUCAAUAACUCCUAGAGAGCUCAGAUGGCAAUGGGCAGAGAUGGGAAUCUAUCCUAACCAACGAAAUCGAAUACAAGUUGUUAGUUAUGUUGUUUGAUGUAAAUAAGCUUUAAGGUGGCUAGCUCAAUUCAAUUACUUUGUUUACUCCUUUCGUUAAAGAGUGUUUGGAAAUUAAUUACUUAAGCCGAAUUACUUACUUAAGCGAAAACAAAACCUUUGUGAUCCAACAAGUUUCUUCUCUUCCAUGAAGCAAAACCAAACUAACCAAUAUAAUAAUAUGAAUUUAAAAUUAAUAUGUAAUUACAUUGACUUAAUUAGCUGAGACGUUCAAUAAUUUCGCCUGGCAUUUAGUAAUGGAAAUCGUGAAAAGCGGAAAUACCUAAAAUAUAUAUGAAAGCAUGAAGCCAAAAAGCAAACUGGAAA